CAAAUUACGUGAGAGGAGACAUAUCAGGGUGAGGGGUGGGAUUAUUCCUAGUCCUCCUGCGCAUGCGUCGUUCACAGCCUUAUUACAAGAACGCAGGCGCUGUGUUUGCCUUCGCCACACCGCAGCACAACUUCAUCGUACCGAGCAACGACAUCGUUAACUCCUCCCCCCUAAACGUAGCGGCAAAAUGUCCUCCUCUGAAAGCUCCGAUGGGUUUGUGGUGAAGGUGCGCGGCCUGCCCUGGUCCUGUUCUCACGAUGAGAUCGAGAAUUUCUUUUCCGAAUGCAAAAUUGCGAAUGGCUUGUCGGGAAUUCACUUCAUCUAUACACGGGAAGGAAGGCCUAGUGGAGAGGCUUUUGUCGAGUUUGAAACCGAAGAAGACCUGAAACUGGGACUGAAGAAAGACAGAGCAACAAUGGGCCACCGAUAUGUAGAGGUUUUCAAGUCAAAUAAUGUUGAAAUGGACUGGGUUCUAAAGCACACUGGUCCUAAUAGCCCAGAUACUGCAAAUGAUGGUUUUGUGCGUCUCCGAGGUCUGCCUUUUGGUUGUAGCAAGGAAGAGAUCGUACAGUUCUUUUCAGGGUUGGAAAUCGUGCCAAAUGGGAUAACAUUGCCGGUGGACUUCCAGGGGAGGAGUACGGGGGAGGCCUUCGUGCAGUUUGCUUCACAGGAAAUAGCUGAAAAGGCUCUAAAGAAACACAAGGAGAGAAUAGGGCACAGGUAUAUUGAAAUCUUCAAGAGCAGUCGAGCUGAGGUUCGUACACACUAUGAUCCUCCCAGAAAACUCUUUGGCAUGCAGCGUCCAGGCCCAUAUGACAGGCCGGGAGCCGGCAGAGGCUAUAAUAACUUAGGCAGAGGUUUUGACAGAAUGAGACGCGGAGCAUACGGAGGAGGUUACAGUGGAUAUGAAGAUUAUAAUGGAUAUAAUGAAUACGCUUUUGGUACAGAUCAGAGAUUUGGGCGUGUGUCUGAUAGCAGAUAUGGAGAUGGAACCAGUUUUCAGAGUACAACUGGCCAUUGUGUACACAUGAGAGGACUCCCCUACAGAGCAACUGAAACAGACAUUUACACAUUUUUCUCUCCACUUAAUCCAGUGAGAGUUCACAUUGAGAUUGGUGCAGAUGGUAGAGUAACUGGGGAGGCAGAUGUUGAAUUUGCAACACAUGAAGAUGCUGUAGCAGCAAUGUCAAAGGAUAAAGCAAAUAUGCAGCACAGAUAUGUGGAGCUGUUCCUGAAUUCUACAGCUGGAGGAUCAAGUAGUGCAUAUAGCAGCCAGAUGAUGGGAGGAUUAGGAGGAGACGCUAAUGUGGUUUGGGACGAUUUCAUGGACAAAUCAGCUGCAGGGGCUCAAACAAAUUAUGGCAGCCCUGGGACCCAGGCUUUAAGUGGAAGCUAUGGUGCUGGAUAUGGAAGCCAAGCUAGUUUAAGUGGUUAUGGAAAUACAAGUGGAAUGAGCAGCAGCUACUACAGUAGUGGAACACGAGGAUCAUUAGGUGUUAAUGGAAUGGCGGGAAUGUCCAGCAGCAUGAGCAUGAGUGGCGCUUGGGGAAUGUAAUUGAACAUUUUUCACCUAAUUUGUGCUUUACCCUUUUUUUUUUUUUUUUUUUCUUUUUUUUCCCACUCCGUUUGGGAGGUUUGUUUUAAGCAAAACUAAUUAAAAGCAUAGCUGUUUUUGCAGUAAAUAUAUAUAAUUUAUGCUUACUGUGGGACAAUUGUUUUAAUAGCUCCAUAUUUCAUUCAGACAUCUGGUUAGGGUGAUCUGAAGUAAGAGUAUGUAGCCAUUAAAACUUCAGGAUUUCAGUCCGUUUUGUAAAAGUACAUAAGCAAGUCGCUUAUUGGAUUUGCUUUUCCAGUUAUGUUAAGUAUUACUGAUGUGUACAUUGUUCUUAAUGCAUGUUAAAACAUGCUUCCCUUUUGUAAAAUAUAUGGGCUUUAUUUGGACUCUACUGUUCUACUUUUUAAGAUGUUUGUGUGUUUUUUUUUUUUUUUUUUUCUUUGAGUAAACAUAAAGCCUGAUUUUUGUAUUACUUUUUAGUUGUUGCUCAGUUGUACUUUAUCAAAUAAAUCUGUAAAAACACAGCGUUCCUUUUA